CAGACGAAGUAAUUUACUUCUAUAUAUUACUUCUUAAUCAAAUAAAUGACUAAUAACUCGUAUUUUAAUAAAUGUGAAAAUUAGUGAUAUAAUUUUUUAUGUUAUUAUUUAUUUUUUUAUUAAUAUAUUUAAAAUAAAAAAUCAAUAUUCAUAUCUUAAAAUCCCGUCGCAAAAUGGUUGUUACCCACGUGUAUUUAUGUAUAGACGGCGACUCCAUUAUUUAGACGAAUUAUGGAUAGAAAUCAAAAUGGCGUCAAAGUAAGUUUUAAGUGGCUUCCGAAUCAUCAUAAACCGCGUUAAAAAUAAGCACAAUACAACUACGAAGAAAUGGAGUUGCAGAAGUGCCAGUUGAAAAUCGACCGGAACUCGGAUUCAAACUGCGGUGAAGGGCCGAGAAGUGAAGAGUGAGAGCUACUCGGUUACGAGUUACGAAUCCAAAGCUCCAGCCUCUGCCCAGUUCCAGCUAACCGUGUUAGCACGGUUCUUUUAAUUUAUAUGUUGUUUUUGUAAAAACAUUUGACAUGAAAUGAAAUAAAUAACAUUGUUGGAAUUUUUAUUCUUUUUAAUUAGACUGUAAAAAAUUGGCAAAAGGAAAAAUAUAGUAAAUAAUAAACUCUUUUAUUUAAUUUAUUCUCACAUUAUGUACUUCCUAAAUUCUUUCUACUGCUAGGUAAAGAUGAAAGUUGUAGUAAAUCUCCCCACCUUUCGAGUGCCGACGCCGACAUUAAACUUUACAGAUCACCUCUUCAAGAAAAUGAUUUAAUUAAACAAGAUAUAGGUAGUUUGUGUUAAAAUAGAAUAUAGCGAUAGUUUAGAUACCUUCUCUUUAAAACUUAAUAUUAAAGCGUUAAUAUAAUUUCUUUUUUAUCAAAUAAAUUUAAAUAUAGUAUAUAAGCUAUUGUAUAAACAGAGAGGAAAUACUAAAGAUUUAACAACAGUUUUCUUGGUAAACCUGCCCUGAAAACAUUUUCACUAUAUAAAUCUUCAUAAUUGGUUUUAAAAGAAAUGGAUGAAGGAAAUUCUAAGACUGUGUCAUUGAAAUCACAAUGUAAAUAUAUUGAUCAAAUGUUUUCUUCAGAAAAUGUGAAAGAUGAUAAUGAACAUGAUUGGUGGGCAAGUGAUAGUGGAUCAAGUACUGGUUCAUACUAUUCAGAUACAGAUAGUUCCACAGCAGAAUGGGAAUCAGAAAUUAAUCCUAAUGGAGAACUAAUUUAUAUAGAAUCUCUAGUAGACAAUAUAAAUGAUGAACAAUUUUCAUUCAAUGAAACAAAACUUGAUUCUCAGCCAGAAUUGAUACGACGACGUAGUACUAGAGCUGGAAAACUUAUGCGACUUAUAAGACGUAAGGAGAGUAAACGUUUGAGCACAAGAAAUAAAAAAGGCAAUUUCAAUAUCACAGUAAACAAUAUUGGAAAUUCGGGAAAAGAUGGAACUACAAUUAAAGAAGUCACUUUUAGAGAUUUUCAAGCAGGUGAAAUUCGCGAAGUUAUACUAUGGGUUGAUCCAGAUAGACGACAUAAACUGGGAAGAAGAGCCACAUUGUGUGAAGCAUAUUUUGGAAUUAUCCCAGGUGUUUUUUCAGAUAAAACACGUAUCAUGGUUGCUGGAUUUAUACCAGAUGGAGAAGCAAUGAAAAAUAAAAAUAUUAAAAUUGGAGAUUGGCUACGAAGUGUGAAUUCAAAUAAUGUUACAUAUCAAAAUUUGGAUCACAUAUUAUCUGAAAUAACUGUUUCAACAAAUGUAACAUUAGAAUUACAAAGAGUUGCAGGUGUUGAUGUUACAGCAACAUUGUCUGGAUUGAAUUGUCCUAAACAAUCUGUAUUGGUACAAAGACUGUUGAAUAAAGAGGAAAGUAAAGAUUUAAUGCAUUCAAUAGUAGAUUAUCCACUUGGUGUAUUAUAUCUACAAACCACAGAACUUUCAGAAGUGGGACCUGAACUACAAGGUGUUUUAUAUGCAUUUCCUCGGUCCGAAAGCAAAAAUAUGCAUUCUAUUUUGUGCACAGCAAGAGGAGCUUUUAUAACCCUUAAUCAUUUAUUACCAGGAAUUGGAGGCCUACAACCUACAAGUACAACAAUACAGAUAGCAGAAGAGGAAAUUCAUGUUGUAUACACACCUCGAAAUGAUGAACUAUUUUUAAUGGCAUUACCAAAAAAAUGUUGUAGCCUUGAAGAAGCUGUCAAUUUAUCAUGUGAUAUAGUGAGAACAUUAGAAUUUGCAUAUCAGUCGCUGAAAAAAUGUUUCACACCUGAAGAAACUCAUCCUUCUUUAGAUCAUUUCUUUAUUUUAGUUAUUGAACGAUUGUUAGACAUAAAGAGUUAUGCAAACAAUGCAGGAUUAACCACCUCAUGUAUGGAAAUUCAUAAUGAUAUUGAAAGUAUGGAAAGUUACAAAUUUACAAGCACCUUUUCAGUUGCAAAUUUUAUAGAGUUAUCAAGAGAUGCACAAAUUCAAAUUGAUGCAGCUUUAAGUGAAAUGGAAGCUAUGGAUUACAGAGAUUGGAAUGAAGAUCCUAUGGACUGUCAAAGGUUAUAUACAAUUUUGGGUAGUUGUAUUUAUCAUAAACAUUAUCUUCUUGGAUCUCAUUUAACACACAGUGAUUUAAUUGAAGUAGAAUCUUAUCUUAGGCAAAAUUGUAUUUUAAAUUUGAUAAAUAACGAACCUGUAAAGAGUCUUGUUAUUUGGAAAAAAGUAUAUCCUUCUUCAUGUAAUCGUAACGAUAUAGAAAACAAAAAUAAUCAACCAUUUGUUCUCAAUGGAAAAUGGUACUUACUCGUUGUUGGUUAUGGACAUGAUUUAUUAGCAGUUCUUCUAGAAUCUGGUGGAUGUACUGCAAAAUGCAGCGAAACUAUAGGUCCAGAUAUAUUUUAUGUAGAAGAAGCUCAGGAGACUUUAAAGCAUAUACAAAAAAUAGGGGUAACAACAUUAGCAGCUAAAUGGAUUUCAUCAAAUACUAGACCUGAAGUAAUAACUUAUGAAGAUCCUGUGCCUGUAAAACCAUCAUCUAGUAUCGCUGAGAAUAUUUUAGGUCUCAUAAAAUCAACAGAUGUGCAAAAUUUAUCUGUCAAACCACCUCAUACUUUAAGUAUUAACAAAAGAUCUCAAGAAAUACCUUCAAUUCUAAAAAAACGUAAUACAGAAGAAUGUCCUGUAAUUUUAGGAUCAGUAUACUCUUUGCAUACGUCAGAGGAUUCAUUAAGUCAAGGAACUGGUGGAAUUAGUGAAAUAAGCGAUGAAGCAUUGCCUAUAUUAGGAAGACGAGCAACAAGAGAGAAAAUUGUUAGUAGAUCAAGAUAUUCUGAUGAUAGCGAUUCUGAUCUUGAUGUGUAUAAGAAUGAUUGUCGAAUGUUAAAUAUGGACAUAUCUAAUAUAAGAGAAAAUUUAUUAAAUCAAGCUGAAUAUUUAGUACCAAAAGUAUUGACAGUGGGUGAUAAGAAUUAUUUAUAUCAUUAUAUACACUUGGACAUGAUUGAAGGAAUUCUUCUAUCCUCAAACCCACUAGAACAUUUAGCAAAAAAUCCUAAUUUCCUUAUUAAUUUUAAUAAAUGUGUUCAUAUUAUUCAUAAAUUGCUACAUAAUACAGUAAGAUUUAAAACUAUGUUAAACUCAGAUGUGGACAAAACUGUCAUUAAUAAGAGUUUAAUUGCUGUUAAGGAGCAUGGAGUGUUAUUUGAAUGGGAAAAUUUAACUUAUUGGGUUGUUGGUCGAUUAUAUACAACUCCCCAUCCAAAGGAGUUGUAUGUAUGUUAUCAGGAUUCUGCACCACAAAAUUUAAUUGAAAUAGCAUUUAAAUUACAUUCAUUACACACGCUAACAUAAGUUUUAGUCCUUUUAAAAUGUCAUUUCUUAAAAUUUUUAAAAAUCAAUAACAUUUUACUAUUUUAUUAAUGUUAAAUAUUUGAUUUAAAAAAGACAAAUUUUUUCUUC